AUGGAGGGCUUCAGCAGCAGCAACAGCGGGGCCUUCGGAAGCGGCGGUUCAGGCUUCAGCAGCGGAAACAGUGGCUUCACGAGUGGAGGUAUCGGUGGAGGUGGACACGGUGGCAAAGGAGGUGGAGCGCCGGUGCUCCUGGUGGUGCUGGCGUGCCUGGCGACGGCGCUUCCCGAGGCGAGUCCGGGCGGCGUCUGCUGCGGGGGCGGCGGCGGAGGAGGAAGUGGAGGCUUCGGAGGCGGAGGCCGUGGCCGCGGCUACGGCAGAGGUUUCGGAGGCGGACGAGGAGGCCUCGCCUUUAAGCUGGGCGGAAAGUUCUCCGUUAAAGGAUUCGGACGAGGCGGCUCCGGCUUCAGCAGCAGCGGCAGCAGCGUCCUCGGCAGCGGGUCAAGCUUCAGCGGCAGCAGCAGCGGGGUCUUCGGAAAAGGAUCGGGCUUCAGCAGCAGUAGCAGCGGCUUCAUUACUGGAGGAGGAGGAGGAGGCUUCGGCGGCGGCGGAUUCGGUGGAUCAGGUGGAGGUGGAGGAUCCGGAGGCGGCGGUGGAGGCGUCUGCUGUGGCUCGAGUGGAGGCUACAACAAGGGCUGGUGA